AUGCCUGGAACAAUAUCAGAUGGACCAUCCGUCACCAUGAGUUUCGCGAAUAACUUCUGGGGAAAGGAUGAUGCUGGUGUCGAGCCAUUGAUACAGCGUAUGAUCAAUGCUAAACAAACUUGUGAUGAAUUAAAAUCUUUCUAUAAUGCUCGUGCCACUCUCGAAGAGGAAUAUGCUCGCAAAUUGCUUCAAUUAUCUCGAAAACCAUUGGGAUCUCAAGAGACAGGAACUCUGCGCAAUUCAUUAGAUGUUCUGAAAGGAGAGGUUGAGGCAAUGGGAAAGGCACAUCAAACAAUCGCUGGACAAAUGAAAACCGAGUUGGAGGAGCCGCUGGCGGCUUUUGCUGGUGCAAUGAAGGAGAGGAGAAAGAUUGUUCAACAUGGCACAGAAAAAUUAUUAAAGAUCAAGGUACAACAGACAAAUCAGGUCAACAAGACUCGAGACAAAUAUGAACAAGAAUGCCUCAAGAUCAAAGGAUACCUUGCACAGGGACACAUGGUCAUGGGCCAGGAAGAACGAAAAAACAAAGCGAAGCUGGAGAAAACUCAAGUGAACUUGGCGACGUCAAAUACCGAGUACGAAAAUGCGGUCAAAAUUCUCGAGGAAACUACAGGUCGCUGGAAUAGAGACUGGAAAUCGGCCGCGGAUAAGUUUCAGGAUCUUGAGGAGGAAAGACUUGACUUUAUGAAAGGUAGUUUAUGGAGCUUUGCAAAUAUUGCUUCCACGGUUUGUGUAAGCGAUGAUUCUUCUUGCGAGAAAGUUCGCCUCGCGCUUGAAGAUUGCGAGGUAGAGAAAGACAUCAUGUCUUUUAUAAAUGAAUGUGGCACUGGUCAGGAAAUUCCAGAUCCGCCAAAGUAUAUAAAUUUCUGUCGCGGUGAUGCUGAUUCAAUAUCCGAGGCUUCUGAGGACGAGGCUUACUCGGUUGCACAAUUUCAACGAACCAUAAACCCAGCCUACAGGAGUUCUUCACCGCAACCAUCUACUUACGAAUCUCACCAUGAUCCUCAAUCAGCUCUUGCUAAAGAAUUGGCUCAUGAGGUUGAAACGCCGAGGAGUCGAGAGACAACCGUCACUCCUCAGAAGCUUACACCAUCAAUGUCAACACCGGAUAGAUCGCGACAUGCCCAAGUUGAGGACUACGAACCAGAACCCCCUAUACAAGCUCCACCUUCCCAAGCGGAGUAUCAACAACCAGCCAGACCUAGAGCGCAAUCUCAAGCCGGUCAUCAACAGCCGGGCCGAGCUCGCGCUCAGUCUCAAAUCGAUUAUCAGCAGCAGCCCGGGAGGCAAAGACAGCAACCUCCACAGGAAUAUCAACAAGCUGAGAGACCAAGGCAGCAAGGGCAUGUUAAUCAUCAACAGGCAGAAAGGCAAAGAAAACAAUCUGUUGAUUAUCAACCAAUUGACAGACAGCAACAGACUGAAAGACAGAAGCAGGCACAAGCUCAAGCACAAGCCCAUGCUCAGACUCAGACUAAUUAUCGUCAACAAGAACGGCCGAAACAAGCUCAGCUUGAAUAUCAACCUCAAAUUUUGCAACAGCCCCAACUUGACUAUCAGCGUCCUGAAAGCUCUAAGAUGCCCAAGAUGGACUGGUCAAAACCAAUUCAAAUGCCAUAUGGACAGCAGCAAGGUCAAUUGGUUCAAAAACAAGGCCAAAUUGCCCAAGUGCCUCAUAAUUCUAACCCCAUGGAUGGCAUGACAAUGCUGUGUAGAACAGGACCUCCCUCAGCACCUUCAGACAUGAGCUCCGCCGCGAAUAGCCCAGUAAGACCAUCUAGUCGGGAUUCUCAAAGCGACUAUUCAAACCCUACCUCAUUCUCGAGCCAGGAGCCUCCCAGUGGGAAAACGUCGCCAGUAAAGCAAAGCGCCCCAGUCAUAGAGAAACCGCUCCAGAAGAAAAAGAGUGGGAUCUUUCAUAGUCCAUUUCGACGAAAGAGCACCAAGGGAGGGGAAGAAGUUGUUGUUGCUAAACCAACUCCGUCGAAUCGCAGCACAUGGUCUGGCCGAAACACCAAUGUUCAAAACACUUCAAGUAGACGGCCAAAUUCGAGAACGAUACAGCCUGCACCACAAACUAUGAUGCUAACCGAUCGACCAAGCAAUAGCCCAGAGCCUGUUGAUCCACGGGCCAACUUUCAAUUGAAUAUCGGAAACAACGUUUUUGAUGUCGCAGCACCCGAAAAGAAGAACAAGUUUGCUCAAAGUAACCCUGCUGCAAGUCAAGCACCCGAAGAAUCUGAUCCCAUAGCCCAAGCUCUAGCUGAUCUUAAAGUUGUAACUAAGGCAUCAUCUACUAGGGUAUCUGCUGACAAAUAUCAUGGGGUGGCUACUCCCGCUCCUGAUGCGGUACCCACAUCCAGACCACUAGGAUCUCAAAUGGUCAAUGGCGCUUUGAUGGCCGGUAUGCGCGGUACACCUCCACCAUCUUAUGACCCAGCUCCUGUUGAGAGACUUGGCCUUCCAUCACCCGCUUUCACUUCAAAGUCGAUGCAGCAAACUCGUCAAAAGUAUGUCGACCAAACGGCAAACAUGUUUAGUCCUCCCCAGGCAAGACCAGAUUCACAACAAACCGGGUAUGGCUCACGUCCCGGAACGAGGGGGUCAGAUAUGCCUCGAGCUAAGUCACCAGCACCCAAUCGAAGUGUUUCACCUCGACCUGGAACGCAAGCGGAGGUGAGACAAACUCAUGGAUCUGCGUCCCCCAAAUACGCUGGAAGCACACACUCUCGUACCGGAUCCACUCCUCAGCCAAAACGUAACUCUGGCACUUAUCAUCAACGCAAUUCGCCAAGUAUUUCUACUCGUGGUAUCUCGCCAGCCCCAUAUGCACAGCAGGAGAGACCUAAUAGCAGUCACGUCAAAGCCCCCUUCCAGCAACAAGAGAGGCCUAGCAGCAGCCAUGUCAAGGCCCAAUUUGCGCAACAAGAUAGGCCUUCUAGUAGUCAUUCCACAAAUAUGGCAAAUAACAGUAUGGCAAUACAAUUAGCACCUGGCCAUGAUGAUGGUUACGGCUCCCAAGGAAGAAGCGGCAGUAGAGCCAGCGCCGGUUCCAGAGCCAUGAGCCAUUACGGCGGUGGAAACGAACAACAAUUGACUGCUCGAAGCAGAAGUAAGAGUGUUGCAGACGUUCGCCAAUUUAAUAGUCAAGGUCGACCCAUUCUACAUUUUGCUCGUGCACUUUACAUGUAUCAGGCAGCUAUCCCCGAAGAACUUACUUUUGCAAAGGGAGAUAUCCUUGCGGUCAUGACGCAUCAAGAUGAUGGAUGGUGGGAGGCAGAAGUAGCUGGAAAGAAUAGUCGACCAGGUUUGGUACCAAGCAAUUAUCUUCAAAACUGUUGA